AUGGCCGCGUACGACUACGAAGAUGCACCAGGGACCUACGACGAAACGUCAGCGACACAGCGCCAGGCGUCGUCCGGAGCCCCUCCAUCUCAAGACCUAGGGUACGACCCGAACUUCGUCCCGGACUCCGUCAAAUCUUUCGUCGUCCACCUCUACCGCCACAUCCGCGAGAAGAAUGUGUACGAGAUCCACCAGAUGUACGAGACGUCGUUUCAGACUCUUUCCGAUCGGCUCUUCAAGGACACGCCAUGGCCCUCCGUCGACGCAGUCGCCCACUACGUCGACAAUGACCACGUCUUCUGCCUUCUCUACCGCGAGAUGUGGUUCCGCCACCUAUACGCUAGGCUGUCGCCGACGCUGAAGCAGAGAAUCGACUCUUGGGACAAUUACUGUAGCCUCUUCCAGGUCGUCCUCCACGGCGUCGUUAAUAUGCAGCUGCCCAACCAGUGGCUCUGGGACAUGGUCGACGAGUUCGUGUACCAGUUCCAGAGCUUUUGCCAGUACAGAGCUAAGAUGAAGAACAAGACUGAGCAGGAGAUUGCCCUUCUCAGACAGUUUGAUCAAGCCUGGAAUGUGUAUGGUGUGCUUAACUUUUUGCAAGCUCUGGUGGAGAAGUCCAUGAUCAUUCAGAUUCUCGAGCACGAGAAGGAAGGGCUUGAGCAGUUUACUGCUACAGAUGGGUAUGAUUAUAAUGGUGGGAGUAAUGUUUUGAAGGUGUUGGGGUAUUUCAGCAUGGUGGGAUUGCUUCGGGUACAUUGUCUCUUGGGUGAUUAUCAUACUGGCCUGAAAUGCUUGCAGCCUAUUGACAUUACUCAGCAAGGUGUUUACACAACUGUUAUUGGAAGCCACAUUUCCACCAUUUAUCAUUAUGGUUUUGCUAAUCUUAUGUUGCGUAGGUACGUGGAGGCAAUUCGUGAAUUUAAUAAGAUUCUGUUGUACAUCUAUAAAACCAAGCAGUACCAUCAGAAGUCUCCACAGUAUGAGCAGAUACUAAAGAAGAAUGAGCAGAUGUAUGCCCUGUUGGCAAUUUCCCUUUCACUGUGUCCACAGGUGAAGCUUGUUGAGGAAACUGUGAACUCUCAGUUGCGUGAGAAGUAUGGUGAAAAGAUGAUCAGGAUGCAAAGAUACGAUGAUGAAGCAUUUGCUAUUUAUGAUGAACUCUUCUCGUAUGCAUGCCCUAAGUUCAUUACCCCAUCCCCUCCAAGUUUUGAGGAGCCUCUUGUUAAUUACAACCAGGAUGCUUAUAGACUUCAAUUGAAGCUGUUCCUUUAUGAAGUGAAGCAGCAACAGUUAUUAUCAGGCAUUCGGACCUUUUUAAAAGUAUAUUCAUCCAUCUCUCUUGCGAAGCUAGCAAGCUACAUGGAAGUGGAUGAAUCCAAGUUGAGGACUAUCUUGUUGACAUACAAGCACAAGACACAUGCUGUUGAUACUGACGGAAAAAUCAUUUCCAAUGCUGAUGUGGAUUUCUAUAUUGAUGAUGACUUGAUUUAUGUUGUUGAAUCAAAACCAGCAAAACGAUAUGGGGAUUACUUCUUGCGGCAAAUUGUGAAGCUUGAAGGGGUUAUCAAUGAUAUGGACAGGGUAAAGCUGGAUUGA